CCCCAGCUGUAACAGAGUUUUCUAUUUCUCUAAAAUUACGUCCAUUAUGUGAGUGCCCUGUUGUUGCACUAAACGCGCUUCCAACACGACUUUUAAACUGCAGAAGUAAAUAUGGGCCUCCUCACGGAGCUCCGCCACAGGACCUAGAUGUAAAUAACGUAAACGACAGAAACAUAUUUGUGUCUGAGUGUAUAGCUGCUUUGAAUAUGAUCAUUAAUUUCCUUUUCGCAGUUGGGAAGUGUUCAGAGAUUAAUUAAACUCUUGCAGCACAGAGAAUAAUGCAGUUCGACUGCACUGGGUUGUUGUGGUCUAAUCGCGGAGCUCCGCAACAGGGCCGUACACGCACACUUGCAGCGCUUUUAUUGCCCUUUGCUUAUGAGACGCAUGGGGGCGCAAUAGUGGUAACAAUAAACGAUUCGUGGACGAUCUGGUGAAGAUGCAACCAGCAUCUGAAGAGAGUGUGCAGCUCUCUGUUCAUGAAGCCACGUCCACUGACAUUGUGAAAACUGAAGACCACCAUGAACAGACCCCCGCUACUACAAGUUCUGAGAGACAUGUGUCCAUCCAGUCUACGCUGGAAGGCUUGGAGAUGCUGGUGGACUUAAAUGGAGCUGGUAGGAAGUCUUGUCCGUUAUGUCCAGAGGAGAAGUUCAAGGCCUGUUACAGCCACAAACUGAGACGCCACCUGCAGAACCUACACUGGAAAGUCUAUGUGGAGUUUGAAGGUCAAAGGAUGUGCAUUUGUCAUUUGCCCUGCCGACAGAUGAAGUCCAGCCUGGGAUCAGACCAGAGUCAAGCCCGGCUGGUGGCGCACUACCACUGUGUGGUGUGCUCAGUCACUAUUGCCAGAAAGACAGACAUGAUCAGCCAUCUCAAACGCCACAUUAACAAGGGCGAGACUGAGGCCAGUUAUUCAGGCACCUCAGAUGUGCUGUGUGAAGAACCCGUGCCAGGCGGACAGGUCUAUGAGAUCAUGAAAGAAUUAGGCACCAAUGUGCAGCUCAUGCCCAACCACAACACACCCCAGAAAACAGACACUUACUUCAACCGCAAGAUGAAGACCAACAGGCAGCUGGUGUUUUGCUCUCUUGCGGUUCUUGCUGAAGAAAGGAGUCCAUUGGAAUGUCUCGAUGCAUUUGGAGCCACAGGUAUAAUGGGCUUGCAGUGGGCCAAGCACCUUCGCAACGCUGUUAAAGUGACCAUAAACGAUAUUAACGAGGCCUGUGUGAAGAUGAUCAAAGAGAACUGCCGUCUGAACCACAUCCGUACAGAGGGGGGCCGUGCGCCCCGGCAGGUGGAGGGAACCGGGGAGAGCGACAACCCCAUUGCUACUGUGGAGGUCUCCAAGAUGGACGCUAACGUCAUUAUGCACCUGAGAGCUUUUGACUACAUACAUCUAGACCCAUUUGGGACAUCCGUGAACUAUCUGGAUGCUGCGUUCCGAAAUGUGCGCAACCUGGGCAUUGUUUCUGUGACCUCGACGGACACUGGCUCUCUCUACUCCAAAUCUCUGAAUGUGACGCUCCGUCAUUACGGCUGCCAGAUCGUCAGGACAGAGUACUACAGAGAGCUGGCAGCACGCAUGGUGGUUGCCUCCAUAGCCAGGGCUGCAGCUCGCUGUAAUAAAGGUAUCGAGGUCUUGUUGGCUGUGGCUCUAGAACACUUUGUGCUGGUGGUGGUGCGGGUGCUCCGAGGUCCUACGCAGGCUGACGAGUCGGCCAAGAAGCUACGACAGCUGCUCCACUGCCAGUGGUGUGAAGAGAGAGUGUUCCUCAAGCCGGGCAGUAUGGUGGAGGAGAAUCUGUACAGGCAGUUGCCCUGUCAGUGCCAUGGCAGCAUGCCGGGGAAGACCGCUGUGGAGCUCGGGCCUAUCUGGUCAGGCUCUCUCUUCAACACUGGCUUUCUGAGGCGCAUGCUAGUGGCAGCCGUCCAGUACAGCAUGGAGGAUAUCCAGCCUCUAGUGAAGACUCUAAUCUGUGAGGCUGACUGCACCACACUCAAGUCCUUCUCUGUCACUGGUCACUCAGUUCUAGCCAAUCAAGUGGAGUGUGGUGUGGUCAUCAAAACUUUGCAGAAGGUGGAGGAAGCUGACACGGCUGACCAGUCAGGUAAAAGGAAGAGUGAAGAGCCUAGUAAUGUGGUGAAAAAGCUGAAAUCAGAUGCUUCACUGGAGCACCCUGCCUUCUACUACAGCAUCCAUCGCCACAGCAUCCGUGGCAUGAACAUGCCCAAGUUGAAUAAGUUCCUACAGUAUCUCACUGAGGCCGGUUUCAGAGUGAGUCGGACACACUUCGACCCCACAGGCGUUCGCACUGAUGCCACUCUGGAGCAGUUUAAGUCUGUACUUACCAAAUAUAGUGUGCCUACCUACUCAACAGCUCCCCCAAGUGGCAACCAAGGGCAUGGCGUAAGCACAGACGAUAAGGGCCGCAAAACUGACUGAUCUCUCUAAGCAAGAGCAAGCAAAACAACGUUUCUGCUGACUUUGAGUUUCCAUGCUUCAUGCCAGAUUGAGAGAAGAGGAUGUUUUGCUGUGUAUUAUGCCAGGAUUUUGUUUCUUUAAUGCACUGAGACUUUAACUCGAGUUUUUUCCACUUGAGCGUGUUUUUUUUUUUUUUUUUUUUUGUCUUGGGGUGAGGGAGCUGGCUGUUGUUUGCAUAACAUUUUUUUGUUGUUUGCAUAACUGAGCCUACAAGCUUUCAGUAUCUGAUAAUUAUAUUUAUUUCUUAGUUUUAUGAUUUUAAAAAAAUAUUUGUGAGGUUUUGAUCAUUUUACCUUGAGCCUACUUGAUCUGCUUUUUUAUUUCUUUUUAAAAUUGCUCUCUUGCCUAGAGCUGCCUGGACAUUUACACCGCAUUCCAAAUUAUUACGUAAAUUGGAUUUAACUGUAAUAAAGAUUAAUUUUUUUGUUUCUCAAUUAAACUCAUGGAUGGUA